AUGGCAGCUGGGUUGAGACAACACAUUGACAAGGCUGGCAUGAUGGGAAUAAGCAAUGAACUGGGAACAAGGGUUCUGCUGGACGUGCUAAAGAGUCCCCAACAAGCAGUAGUGUGCGCUCAGGCAUUGAUGUGGCGCAAAUUCCUCAGGCGCUACGCUUUCGACCCACCACCGUUUUUCUCAGAUGUUUCCACGGCUACGGCAGUGGCGUUUAGCUCCACAGUGGACCUUAAUUCCAUAAGCAAAGAAGCCCUCGUCGAAAUUCUCGUCGAUGUUGCGCAGGCUGUUUCUGGAUCAACUGAAAAGCCGAAUGCAACAACCCCGCUUAUUGACCUAGGGCUUGAUUCCCUCGGUGCAGUGGAAUUCCGGAACUCGGUUGCAGAGAAAACUGGAGUGAAGCUUCCACAGAAUUUAAUGUUCGAGAAUCCCAGUGUCGAGGACAUUGCUGAGUACAUUCUGAACAGGGCCAAAUCACCCGACGGCGCAUCUGGUACCAGAGGAACGCUGGUGGACACCCUGCAAAUGACCAUCGACCAGUGGCUGAUGUCUGUGCUUGUCCCAGCGGAACGAUAUGCCUUGUAUGUGGACUCGUUAACUGCAUCGUAUGGAUCCCUCAGCGAGAUGGCUGCUGUAGAAGAUAUCGUGGGUGCACUAGAAAAACUGGAAGUUUCUGUUUCGGAGGACUUCGACCGGCUAAACGUAGCAUGGGAGGAGCUUCGAGACGCGUUUGCCAGCCGUGCUGAGGCAACAGCUGCAGUCAAGAGAAAACCUCGGUUGGCAGUCAGGGUGCCUCACCCAAAAGAAGACGUUGAGUCAUUGAUAAACCAACUGACGUUCGAUGUGAAGACUGUGGAACCGCCUACCUCGCCGGAUAACUACCGAAUCGCUCUACUGACUGGAGCCACAGGGUUUGUUGGACGGAUCCAGCUUUCUGUUCUCCUGGAAGCAACUAAAGAUAUGGAAGUUGUGUGCAUCGUCCGUGCUAAAGACGCGAAUCACGCUCUUGAUAGGAUUCGACAGGCGUGCAAAGAAGCCAAGUGCUGGAAGGAAGAGUAUUCUAGUCGAAUCCGCCCUCUACCUGGUGAUUUCACCCUCCCGAACAUGGGUCUUGAAGAAGAUCAGAUAGAAAAGCUCUCCAAAACAGUUGAUGUAGUUUACCACACUGGAGGGGAUGUGAAUCUACUCAGCAACUACGCGCGACUACGCUCUUCAAAUGUGCUCUGCAUCCAAGGAAUCGUCAACUUUUGCACAAGAAAUAGAUUGAAGCCGCUGCACUUUGCGUCUACUCUAGGGCAAUUCCCAGCUUUCUUUUGUGAAUUUACUGGGGCAUACAGGGACUACCGUAUCACUGAAGACAGCAGGCCUACGGUAGAGGAAAUGGAUGCCUUCUACCCCCCGUUGAGGAUGGGAUAUCCUUGGUCAAAGUGGGCAGCUGAGUUGGUCUUGUGCAGCGCCAGGGAUAAGGGUCUGCCUGUGUUCAUAUAUCGCUUGCCGAAUACCUACGUGGCCUACUCUACGGGCUACACGAACAGAACAGACUAUGCGACAGCACUCAUGGUGUCCACUAUUCAAGAGGGAAUUUUCCCUGUCGGAUGUGCCGCUGCUCCCCUCACCCCAGUCGAUAUUAUAUGCGAAAUGCUGGUCGGCGUGUCAUUUUUGGAAAAACCGAAGCACUUCAUCUAUCAUCUAUUUGACCCGCGUGCCAUAACAAGGGAGCACCUGGAGAUUUGGAGUCAAGAACUUGGGCUGGCGUAUAAAGGUGCCAGCGUUGACGAAUUCCUGGCUGCAGUCAAAGCCCGUGGACCCGAAUCUCCCGUUUUCAAGUUUGUGCCGCUGAUGCAAUUCAUGAGGAAAUAUUGGUUUGAUUCAGAGCAACGCACCGACGAUUUUCCUAUAGAAAACAAGAACAUUUUCGAGGAACUUCCGGAUGCCAAGUGGCCAGAUCAGAGAGAUGUUUUCAAAAAUUCCUUGCUCUACAGUGUGCAAUCAGGGUUCUUCCCGAAGAAUUCUAAGGCAAUUCGGGUGGAUCCUGAAGCGUGUUUGGAGGAUGCAAAGAGGAUGUCUGGCUUAGACUCACUUGGCGAAGACCACGACUACUUCAUGAAGCCCCUGCACAUCUUGAAGGACUCGCUUCUGCAGGAGUCCAACCCCUCGUUCUGUGGCAAGUUGGCCAUGUUCCGCACUGUUCGUCAGCAGCUGAUGAACCUGAUGUACAUGGAAAAAAUGAGGAUCCAGCACCCAGAAAUUGAGCAGCUGGAGAUAAAGAAGCCACUGAUAAUUGUUGGACUAAACAGGACAGGCACGACAUUCCUACAAAAUAUCAUGGCAACUGACAUAUCCAACCGCUCAGCUCGUUAUUGUGAAAUGAUUGCUCCUUAUGGCAACAAUGGUGACUACUGCCAAAAAGGUCUCAGCAACGACCCUGAGUCGUGGAAGCAUGACCCUAGGAUUAAAUUUGCACAAGAAGUGCUCGACAGCCAAUUAGCUCUCUCUGAAGAGUGGAUCAGUAUCCAUGCACAAAGCGCCGAGCUUCCAGAGGAGGACUUUGUUAUGCUGGAGCACUGCGGAAGAUGCUACUCAAUUUGUACCGAAUUCAACGUACCAUCGUACAGGAAGUGGUUGUAUGCCAAUGACUUCCAGGAAAUGAAGAAUGCCUACAGAUUCCACAAGCGUUUCCUCCAGCAUCUGCAGUACCAGCGAGUCGCAGAUCGCUGGCUUCUGAAGAUGCCAUUCCACCUCUUCACUCUUGACGCGUUGUUCGAGACAUACCCGGAUGCGAGGAUUAUCUUUAUGCAUCGGGACCCGAAGGACACCUUAGCCAGCUGGGCAAGCUUGGAAGAUAAAAAGACCCGCAAUAAACUAUCGAAACACCAAUACACUCUAGAAGACGUAUCAUUGACAAGGGCCAUGGUGGAGGAGGCCUUCGGACAAUACUAUAAGUCUGGGUUAUGCAAGUACCUGAAGAAAUAA